GUAAUCUUUGAUUUCUUUUUCCAUUUUUGCAGAUGUGUGUGGUGGACAAGACAUGACCGGAUAUUAUCCACGUGAAACUGACAGGGCAGGAUACCAUUCCCUUAGAGAUAACGACGCAAUUGGAGCGUCUUAUGAUCGUUACUUACGCAAUGGGAUGGCCUCCGUCGGUGCCAAUGACACUACUAGGGCUGCAGGGAUGGGUGCUGGGAUGGGUGCUGGGAUGGCUGCAGGGAUGGGUGCUGGAAUGGGUGCAGCGAUGGGUGCUGGGAUGGCUGGCUAUGGUGUUGAUGAUCGGCGUAUGAUGGGUGUUGGGAUGGGAUAUGGUGGCAGACCUGAGCCUCCUCUUCCGCCGGAUGCAUCACCCACUUUGUAUAUUGAGGGCUUACCUGCAAAUUGCACACGACGGGAGGUUUCACAUAUAUUUCGCCCAUUUGUUGGUUUUCGUGAAGUGCGUCUUGUCAACAAAGAGUCCAGACAUCCUGGUGGAGAUCCACAUGUGUUGUGUUUUGUUGAUUUUGACAACCCUGCUCAGGCUACAAUUGCUCUUGAAGCGUUGCAAGGUUAUAAGUUUGACGAACACGAUCGUGACUCAGCCCAUUUGCGGCUGCAAUUCUCACGCUUUCCUGGUCCAAGGUCAGCUGGCGGGCCUCGCGGUAGGCGUUAAGACGUGCGGACCUCAUGGUUGCCGAACCUAUCGUUUAUGCGAACGAUCCAACUACGGCGGGCUAACGCUUCGAUAUGCGCUGAAUUCCGGGGCGGUGGCUUUUUUAGGGUUUGUCAACUCAUUUCGUGAAUGCGUGAAAGGGAUAAUGCAAUAAGUGAUAUUCGGCCAAAUGUUAUUAGAUUGCCGUAGAAUGUGUAGGGUUGGAACUUUAAGUUAUUCGGCAUACUGUAUCUGCUGCCUUAGUUAUUAUGAUCUACUGUAACUUCAUUACCUUGCUUCACAUCCGAGACAAUUUGAGUUUGCUAUCCUGUGGAUUUAUAUCUUUUUUGAAAAUGAAAACUAGAUGGUGUUAGCCUACCUUA